AUGGCAAAUCUGGCAGAUGAUGUAAAUGUCAUCCAGGACCAGGACCAACUUGCACCUGCUUUAUCAUACUCAAUUUGUGGCAUUCGUGGACAAUCAACGGUAUAUAUUGAUGAAAUAGGGUUCCAUUACUACCAGCAUUCGAUCAGGGGAGAAAUUCGUUAUUUGACAUGUGCAAAUCGACGAUAUAGUUGUCCUGUGUCAGCAAACAUGCAAAUUAGAGUUGGUUCUCCAAUAAAUAUUUCUGCUAAUUAUCCACACCAUAAUCAUGAACCUGCACCACGGUAUGCAGUAUCUCACCGUAAUAUGAUUAAUAGACUCCGUGAAAGAGCAAUUUCAGAAAAUACUGUUGCUCACAGAAUUGUAGAUGAGGAGAUACUACUACAUCCUGAAGCAGAAAUGGAUUUAGGAAGACCGGCGGCUGUAAGGCUGAUUGCUCGAGCUAGGCGUAGAGUAGGCCCACCUAUUCCUGAAACUCUAAUGGCUUGGAUGGAGGUGUUAAGGUCAGAAGAAUGGGGUCCAAGGCUGAACAAUAUUGAUUUUAAUGGAUCAUUGGUUCCAUUUUUCCAAGGCCCAUUAGAAAUAUUAAAUAGUGACAACACAGUACAAUUUGUAGGUAUUGUAUUUGCUAAUGUUAGUUUUUUGAGCGAGAUUAGUGCACAUUUCCGUAGUGUAAAUACUAUAUGUAUGGAUGGCACCUUCCAAAUACGACCUAGACAACCAGCCGACAUAGAUCAAAUAUUCACUAUUCAAAUAAUUGUCAAUAAUGUGGCUGUUCCAAUUGUGCAUGCAUUGUUAUUAAAUCGCCGGACGGAAACCUACUGUAGAUUGUUGCAGUUUUUGAGAGAUGAUCUCCAACUUAAUAUCCAAUAUAAUAAUUUGCAAGUAAUUACCGACUUUGAACAGGGACUAAGAAAUGCAAUAACUAGAGUGCUACCAGAGGCAAAUAAUUCUGGAUGCUUUUUUCAUUUCAUACAAGCCAUAAUUCGAUUUGUUCGAUCACACCAACUUCAACAAAUAUGUACAACAAAUGAAAAUGCGAGGCGUAUUUUGCGAAUGUUGAUGGCAUUAGCUCACUUGCCAGGAAAUGAAAUUAUGUUUCAUGGGAAUUUGUAUUCAAUACAAUUAGGAUUUCGAUUUAUACAAGAUUUAGUCGCAGACUAUGGUCUUGAAAUUGAACUCAGAACACUGAUGAACUAUUUUGAACGCUUUUGGAUGGACACAGUAACUCCACAGAGGUUUACUGUAUGCAGGCUUCAACAUAGAACAAACAACUUUAUUGAAUCAUACCAUGCAUCACUAUUACGGCUGAUGGGACAACGUCCGCAACUGUACAGAUUUUAUGAUCAUUUAAGAACAGUGGAGACUAGAGCAAGAAAUGAUUUCAAUAGAGCGAUAAAUGGACAAAGAGUAAGACAAUCAGCUUAUAGAAUUUAUCCACACAAUGAUAUGGCUAUUCGGAAUGCAUGGGUUAAUGUGGAGAAUGGUAGAUAUACACUGGAAGAAUUCUUACGAAAUGUUUCCUACACUCCAGAACAAAUAAUCAGGAAUGAGUUGGGAGAACCAAAUUUUGAGCCACGACCUAUAGUGCAGGCUGCUAAUAUUCAACUGCAACCACGACCGCCACAACUUCAUCGACCAUUAGUAUUGGGCCCUCUACGUCAGCCUCCUCCAUUGAUUGCUAACCAACCUAUUGUACUUCCGCUGCCAGUUCAACAACAUCAUUUUGGUCCACCAUUGCCUGAACUUCGUCCACCAUCGCCUGAACUUCGUCCACCAUCACCUGCACUUCGCCCACAGUCGCCUCAACUUGGACCACCAUCACCUGCACUUCGCCCACAGUCGCCUCAACUUGGACCACCAUCACCUGAACUUCGGCCACCAUCACCUGCACUUCGCCCACAGUCGCCUCAACUUAGACCACCAUCGCCUGCACUUCAUCUACUGCCACCAGUUCAAAGGAGGGAAAUACAUAUUCGUGGUAGAGGUAGAAGAAAUGGUAGACCUUAUCAUUUAGGAGAAAAUAGGGGACGAGGACAAAUUCCCCGUGGAGCUGCAGCAGAAGCUUGGGCUUGGUUUUAUCGUGAGGAUAUAAACAAUGAACAAGAGCCAGACCGAGACCAAGAAGUCAAUCCAAGAAUGGUAUUAAAUGCUGAAGAGAGGCACCAAGAUGAAAAUGAAGAAAUCUUUGAAAUUUGCAUUAUUUGUUGUGAGGAAAUUAGUAAUGUGGUUACAAUUCCAUGCCGUCAUAGAUUUUGUAGAAGGUGUAUUGAGAGAUGGAUGCAAGGGAACAAUGUAAGAUGCCCGUUAUGUAGAUCCUAUAUCAAUAUGAUACAAAAUAGAUAA